CAACCCUCGCCCCUCCCCUCCCACAAAUCUGGCUAAGUCAAAAACCUUCUCACAACCAACCACUAGGCUCGUCCAACCUUCUUACUCCUUCGCCUUCGUCCUCCGCUCCUCCACAACCUUUGCUCACCGUCCACUCUCACGGAACCUGACCUCGCUCCACCAAUCCAUCGCGUCAGUCCCCAAACUUCGAACGAACACGCUUUAAACCAUGUCGACAGAUGCACCAAACGACCCCAAGCCGGAGGAAACCGCCAGCGAACACUUGAAUAUCAAGGUUACCGAUGGCAACAAUGAGGUUUUUUUCAAGAUCAAGAGAACCACUCAGCUCAAAAAGUUGAUGGAUGCUUUUUGCGAUCGUCAGGGGAAGGCCCCCAAUUCAGUGAGAUUCCUCUUUGACGGAACUCGCGUCCAGGGCGGGGAUUCGCCUGAGAGUCUCGAUAUGCAAGAUGGAGAUACACUUGAGGUUCACCAAGAGCAAAUCGGAGGUGGAUCCUCCUUCUAAAAAAAAACCACCACUUCUAAGCCGCCCCAACCUCCGGCGAAUCUCGCUCGCAUCGGAGAGUUCAGCUAAUCAACAACUCGGAUACUCGCGAUACGGAUGGGAUGAGAAGGGGGGGCGGGCUGAUUCUUUGAAUGGCUUUGCAGUUUGCUAUUUUUUUCUCUUUUGCUUUUCUUCUGGCUUUGGUUCACUAUGUGGAAGUGCACCUAUAAUUCAUGUUGUUUGUAGGGGUUUCUACUCUUUUCUCAUUCCAAGCAGUGGGUGGACAAAGAGGGCGGGAGGGUGUGCUUUGAAAGGAGGCCUAAUCUUUAUACAUACACGACAAAAACACAACACGAUACUAGCGAGCAUUUCGGAACCAAGGAGUGAUAACCUUUUUUCUUCGGGGAAAUGGAAAAGCCAAGAAGCGCACGACCUAUGAGUGACAUUUUUCUUUCGUUUGAUUCCUAUUAUCGCUGGCCAUUAUCUAUUUUUCUUUGUGUGGUGCGCUAUUCGCCGGUCUCUUAUGUCUUGGGUGUUUUUUUAUUUGUUUGUUCUUUGUUUUUUUGAUUCCCACUUUCGACGCCUAUUUCCCGAAUUAGUUUGUGGGAGGGGCUGAGGGUAGAAUCCAUGGGCAGAGAAUUGUUAUCCACUAUCUAUCUGCUCCUGACUACCGAGAAGGAAUAAAAGACAAAUUCUGUCAC